AAGGUGCAGGAGAGCUCCCAGCAGCCCUGCAGAUCAGAUCCCAGUGCUCAGCCAUGAUGAGGCGAGGCUUCCAAGCGGCAGCCACACUCAGCCGCCUCAGAGCCCUUCCUGGUGCGCCCUGCAUCCUGCCCAGACUCAACCCCGCCGCGGCGUUUGGAUCCUCCAUGGACUCCCGGAUCUCAAGAUUCUGCCCAGAGAAGACAGACUUUAAGGAUUAUGCCCUUCCCAAUGCCAGCUGGUGUCCCGACAUGCUGAGCCUGUACCAGGAAUUUCUGGAGAAGACCAAGACGGAUGGCUGGAUCAAACUGCCCUCCUUCGAGUCCAACAGAGAGCACAUCCAGGGGCUCAAACUCCCAACCGGAUUAGCAGUUACCCCGGACAAAAGUGACUGCCGCAUCAUCACCAGGAGCAUCCAAGAGGAAGGACAAGGCUACGAACAUGUCAUCUUUUUUAACCCGUCCGAGAAGAAGUCCGUCUGUCUUUUCCAGCCAGGCCCCUACUUGGAGGGACCCCCAGGGUUUGCCCACGGAGGGUCCCUGGCCACCAUGAUGGACGAGACCUUUUCUAAAACUGCCUACCUGGCUGGAGAGGGGCUGUUAACACUAAGCCUCAGCAUCAGGUUCAAAAACUUGAUCCCCGUGGGCUCACUGGCUGUACUAAACGUCAACGUGGACAAGAUUGAGGACCAGAAGCUUUACAUGUCCUGCAUCACCCAGACCAGAGACCAGCAGACCGUCUACGCCAAGUCCUCAGGUGUUUUCCUUCAGCUGCAGCUGGAACAGGAGUAACAGGAGAGCCUACCUCUGGCUGUUCUGCCUGCUUGGGGCCCCCCCACAGGGCAGGGAGGGCUCCCCAUGGAAUCCACUGAUGAGGUGAAGGAGGGGGCACUUUCCUCUGAGCAAAUAAAGUCUCUCGGCCCCAUUUCAGCUCAAGACCCUUCUUGUGGUUGGAAAUCAAAAUCCUUCCAGGGCCUCCCCCACACCCAACUUCCCGUCAACACCCACGGAAGAGGUUUACGGAGCCCCUGCCAAGUACCAGGUGCUACAGGAGGCACCUGGCACACAGCAAUGAAAAGACAGGACCCCUGGCCUUGAGAUGCACCACCUCGGGCCAGGAGCUGAAUACACAGAGUGGGGGUGGCGCUGAGGGAAAGAGAAGGGGGCAGGGACAAAGGCAGGCCACAGAGGCUCCAUAAACCCUGCUGGGAGCCUGAACUCUGUCUGGUAGGCAACAGGAUGCCUUAACAGGGUUUGGGCCAUAACCAAAUCCC